AUGACGAAGGCUGUUGCCAAGACUGUCUCAUCUGGUAGCCUAUGGUACGGCCCGGAUCGAGUCAAGUACUUGGGUCCAUUCUCUGGUGAGGCCCCAUCGUACCGCACUGGCGAAUUUCCCGGUGACUAUGGCUGCGACACUGCUGGACUAUCGGCUGACCCAGAAACCUUUGCCAAGAACCGGGAGCUCGAGGUGAUUCACUGCAGAUGGGCCAUGCUUAGCGCUCUUGGGUGUGUCUUCCCCGAGCUCUUGGCCCGCAACGGUGUCAAGUUCGAAGAGGCCGUGUGGUUCAAGGCUGGAGCCCAAAUCUUCAGCGAGGGUGGCCUUGACUACUUGGGAAACUCCAGCUUGAUCCAUGCCCAAAGCAUUUUGGCCCUUUGGGCUUGCCAAGUUAUCUUGAUGGGUGCUGUUGAGGGCUACCGGAUUGCUGGUGGGCCGCUUGGAGAAGUCACCGACCCACUCUACCCUGGAGGAAGCUUCGAUCCAUUAGGCCUUGCUGAUGAUCCAGAGGAUUUUGCUGAGCUCAAGGUGAAGGAAAUUAAGAACGGGAGACUUGCCAUGUUUUCCUUGUUUGGGUUCUUCUUUCAAGCCAUUGUGACUGGAUAGGGCCCAUUGGAGAACUUGCCUGACCACCUUGCUGACCCAGUUAACAACAAUGCAUGGGCUUUUGCCACAAACUUUGU